UCGAAAAACAUUAGGGGGCCAUGUGAGCCACAGAGUAAACAUUAGGGUCAUUUUUAUACCUUAUCCCUUAUCACUAAACAUAACUAUUUUCUGUAGCUCUGUUUCAUUCAAGAACAAACAAAAUGAAGUCCACAUUUGAGCCUGAAUAUUGCCGAUCAAGUGAACUAAAAGCUUUCGAUGAUUCGAAAGCCGGUGUUAAAGGACUCGUCGAUGCCGGGAUUACCAAAAUCCCUCGAAUGUUCCAUCAACCUCCUCAUGCUUUACACAAUAUUUCAUAUGCUCCUAAGAAUUCAGUUUCCAGGUCCAGCUUUCCCAUCAUAGAUCUUCAAGGAGUCGAAAAUAGUUCAGUUUCACGUAAGGAGAUUAUCGAAAAAGUACGAAAUGCAUCGGAGAGUUGGGGAUUUUUCCAAGUUGUUAAUCAUGGGAUUCCUAUCCAUGUUCUUGAGGAGAUGAAGAAUGGAGUUCAUAGAUUUCACGAGCAAGAUACGGAUCUGAAAAAGAGAUACUAUACUCGCGAUUCAACUAAAAAGGUGCGUUUUAACAGCAAUAUUUAUUUGUAUAGAUCACCAGCAGCUAAUCGGAGAGAUACGUCGGGUUUUCAAAUCGCUCAUCAUCCUCCAGAACCUGAAGAGAUUCCAGCAGCUUGCAGUUCACCAGCGGCAAAUUGGAGAGAUACAAUGGCUAUUCAAAUGGCUCCUCAUCCUCCAGAACCUGAAGAGAUUCUAGAAACUUGCAGAGAUAUAGUGAUGGAGUACUCUAAGGAAAUAAUGAAAUUGGGAAAUUUAGUGUUUGAGUUAUUUUCAGAAGCUCUUGGUUUGAAACCUAAUCACUUGAAAGAGAUGGAUUGCGACAAAGGUCUUCUUGUUUUGAGCCAUUACUACCCGCCGUGCCCUGAGCCGGAACUAACCAUCGGCACAAGCAAACAUGCUGAUAAUGACUUCCUGACUCUGCUCCUCCAAGAUCAUAUCGGCGGCUUACAAGUCCUCCAUCAGAAUCACUGGAUUGAUGUUCCUCCCAUGCCCGGUGCCAUAGUGGUUAAUAUCGGAGAUCUUCUACAGCUCGUAUCAAAUGAUAAGUUUAAAAGCAGUGAGCAUAGAGUGCUGGCGAACCGCGAAAGAGAAGCAAGAGUAUCGGUGGCGUGUUUUUUUACGACAGCUCUAUUGUCUGUAUCGAGACGUUAUGGACCUAUUACGGAGUUAUUAUCGGAAAAGAAUCCUCCUAAAUACAGAGAAACCACAGUUCAAGAAUUUGCUGAGCACCAUAAUGCUAAAGGCCUUGAUGGAACUUCUACUUUGCUUCAUUUCAAGCUUUGAAAAAUAGCACUGAUAGUGAUCAACGUGUAUACGGGGCUAGCUUACAAAAUUGAUAUUUUAUGUACCAGCUGAAGUUUGUUGAAAUGGUUAGUUUGCAUCGUGAAUUUGUAAGCAAGAUAUAUAACAAACUUUAUGAAUGUGAUUCAGUCGAAUUAAUUCA